UGCUUCCUUCUUGUCUGUGCAGCCCUUUUUGGAAUGUGUACUCCAGAUACUUUACUUUCUUCCCUAAAGCAGAAGUUUUAUUUAAAAUAAAGCUACUUCUUUGGCACUUUUUUGAAGAACCACAGCAAUGAACGGUUUUGGAGCCCUUCUUCGAAGAAACCAGUCCAUCCUUCUGGUGCUCUUUCUUUUGCAAAUUCAGAGUCUGGGUCUGGACAUGGAUAGUCGUCCUACCAGUGAAGUUUGUGCCACACACACAAUUGCACCAGGACCCAAAGGAGAUGAUGGUGAAAAGGGAGAUCCAGGAGAGGAGGGGAAACAUGGCAAAGUGGGACGCAUGGGGCCAAAAGGAAUUAAGGGGGACCUGGGGGAUGCAGGAGACCAGGGCAACAUUGGCAAGACUGGGCCCAUUGGUAAGAAGGGUGACAAAGGGGAAAAGGGUUUGCCUGGGAUACCAGGAGGAAAAGGCAAAGCAGGCACCGUCUGUGACUGUGGAAGGUACCGGAAAGUUGUUGGACAACUGGAUAUUAGUGUCGCUCGCCUCAAGACAUCUAUGAAGUUUGUCAAGAAUGUCAUAGCAGGGAUUAGGGAAACUGAGGAGAAAUUCUACUACAUCGUGCAGGAAGAGAAGAACUAUAGGGAAUCCCUGACCCACUGCCGGAUCCGGGGUGGGAUGCUGGCCAUGCCAAAGGACGAAGCUGCCAACACACUCAUCGCUGACUAUGUGGCCAAGAGUGGCUUUUUCCGGGUGUUCAUCGGGGUGAAUGACCUUGAGAAGGAGGGACAGUAUGUGUUCACAGACAACACUCCCCUGCAGAACUACAGCAACUGGAGAGAGGGGGAGCCCAGUGACCCCUACGGUCAUGAGGACUGUGUGGAAAUGCUGAGUUCAGGCAGAUGGAAUGACACAGAGUGCCAUCUUACCAUGUACUUUGUCUGUGAGUUUGUCAAGAAGAAAAAGUAACUCUGCUCAUGCUACCCAUUUGUUACUUCUCUGUGACUGUCACUGCAGUUAUUUUUAUACAUCCUUUUCUUUCUAAUUACGCCAAAUUCAUUCUGACUCAAGACAAGUAGAAAACGCUGAGCUGGGGUUUGGAACCCCAUUGCCACAGUCUUCUUUGAUGAUUUGAACAUUUUUAUACAUAGUAUAUGAUCAAGCCAAUAGCUCACCAAGUUCCAUGGAUCCACAGAGAGAGUUUGAAUUACUAGUUGUGCAGGAUGUGGUUGUCUAUGUGUCAAAUGAAAUGUUCUCUUGCUAUUCGCUCUGCUGCCUCUCCCUAGAUCCUGAAAUCACUGUCUAUUUAGCCUGGAGGAUAAUUGGAUAGUUGGUUGGUGAUGAUUAGGCUAACUUACCCUUGCUCAAAGCCAGACCUAUGAGAAGGCCUUCUGUUAGGAAUGCAGAGAUAUUGUCUGUCUUUGAAGCCAAGAGUCUCUGUUCUUUGACUGGUCACUCACCAGGGCUAUAGUCACACUUGAAAGGUCCUCCCGUUUGCACAGAUAUAAAAGGACUUCAACCCCAAACCUCUAUUGAGAAACUUCUGGUCUGUGACCCAUUCCAGACCAUAUGGAAUCACAUAGACAACUUCCAUGCUUCUAAUUCAUUAUGGCCUUCAAUGAGGUUUACCAAGGAUUUGCCAUGGCCUCUUUCUAUAGGCCCACAACUGCAUCCCAGGGCUCUAAGUUUUAAUUCUGAUUUGUGGAAAGGGAAAGAUUAGAAAUUGAAAAAGAGAGCGAGAGGGAGGAUUUUUUCCAAACACUAUUAUCUAUAAUCUUCUUGUUAAGUUGCCCCUUGCUACUAAUAUGGCCCCAUCAUUCUUUGUCUUGAGUUUAGCCUUAUCAAUUUUUCUCCCCUUAGGCAUAGGGAAUGAAGGAAGGAGUUUGUGAAACUUUCAGAAAACUCUAGAAGCUUCAAGAUGCUACCAAUAUCAAGUCACCAUGUUCUCUCCUCCUUGCCUCUAAUAUAUCACUUAUGGUGACAUUUCAUGGGAGGCCUUUUACUUUCUGUAUUCAUAUGUUGUAAAGAACCCAUACCAGGGAUGCUGUUUGUAGUACUCUGACAUCACAUGUAUGUGGCAGGUGUGGAGUUUGGAACAUGCCUCUGACUCACAUUUAUCAAAUGUUAAAAUUCUACAUUUUACCAUUUUACAUUGUAAACUUGAUCUACAAUCAAAACUCAAAGCACCUUUCAUUUCAAAUUUGAAAAUCAUAUACAGGGAAAGAUAGAGUUCAACAGAACUCUAGAUUUUCCCCUUAAAAAUUGCUGCUCCAGUUAUAGUUUGUGACAUAUGAUUACACAGUUUAAAAUGCUGGCAAAUGGUUAAUGAAAUAAGAGAAACAGAUCAACAACGUAUGUUCACCUUAAACCAUCUGUUCAUGAUUGCACCCAUGACUAACUGGUUAUGAGAUAAGAUUUAAUUAGGUUAUUUCUGUGGGUUUGUCCUGAGCCACAAACUCAGGUCCUACAGGGGCCAUACAAGAUGGCAUAAAUAAAUCAAAUUGAAUGGAUGGGGAUCCUAGUACUGAACACAACUUAUUCUAAAGGAACUAGCUUCCCUCCUCUCCACUCCCACACCAGCCCCCUGCACUGUUAUGUUUGCUGUAGAGGACCCAGUAUCACUAUGUGCCUUGAUAUUUCAAGAGAAGUCAGAAAGCUGGAACUUGAUGAUAUAUAUUCAUAUUUUUAAAUAUUGGCAACUAGUUAGUCUUCAGCUCAAGUUUUAAGUCACACAAAAUAGUCUGCUAGGCCGAAAAAAGGGAGGGGGGAGUGUUCAUUUCUCAUCUCUAGGGAAAAGUUCUGAAGGUUCUAACCAUGUCAAGUGUCAUGAGGAUACCGUGACAUCAAAGUCGAGGUCUCCCAUUGAUAUUUCAGUCAAUUCGGCUUAAUUACAGGAAUUUGUUCAAUGUUUUUCAUUUGUCAGGCUAAUAAACUAGUUACACACUCAGAUUUUUGAGAACAUGGCCUAUGAUAUGUUGAAGGCAAGUCAGUUUAAUAAGAAUUACAAAGCAGAACACUAUAACAAAGCCAGUAACCUUGGGUGGAAUGCAAGCCAGUCAAGACCAUGAGGAACAAGAACCUAGGAAUGGCUGGAGAAAGAGAAAGGGAUAAGAGGAAAGAAGAGAAGGAAUGGACAUCAAUCAUUGCCUAGAGGCAUGUAGCAAUGGGAUCCAUGUUCUGAUCUGUUCUGGGUGGCCAAAGUAUGAAUAUUUAUUGUGUGUACUCUAAGUACUAUUAUUACCAUUAUUAAAGCAUUUCUUGUAAUGACUCGCCUUUGCUGCCAGUGCUUCCAAGAGAAGAUGACAGAGUAUCUAAGGCACCACACACCUGAUUAGAUUUACUAAAAUUUUGUGAAGCCCUUUGUGCUUUAUAAAUAUCCUCACACAUCUUUUCUCAUUUGAUCCUGAUAAACUUCCUGUAGGAAUGUGUUCCUACUGCUGCCAUUUUCCCAACGAGAAUGCUGAGAGCCAAGAGAGCUAAGCAAUUUACCAAAGUUGACUCAUUUGGGAUAAAAGUAGACUCCAGCCUGCUGAUCAAAACUACCAAGCCAGUGUUCUUUCCAGCCUGUUUGUUGUUCAUUAAAUAGAAGCUCAUCCAUGAUUCUCUCAUGAUAGCAGGAACUCAACUAAUCUCUCUUGAUUACUUUCCAAAGCUAAGCAUUAGAGUCAAUUAACAAAGAUACGGUGCAUUUGGAAACUUACAAAUUUGGUGCUCCCUGGUUUGUUUCUGAAUUCAUUAAUGUCUAAACCUGGCAUGAAUGUUGGGGAGGUGACUUAGUAAAGCUUCACUAGUUCUACAGAUAGCUACAGAUACAGGGAAAGCAAAACAGAUAUAUGAAAAUUGAGUUUUGCUCAAAAUAAAAAUGGGGAAAUAAUUUUUUUGUCCCAUGAAAUUCAUGAGCAUUCUCUUAAAUAAUUAGCAUUUAAAAUCAAUUUUAUUCUCCAAAAGUUGAAUUUAUACUUGACUUUUCAGGGAUAUACCUGUGUACCUCUCAAGAAUGCAUAAAGUUUCCAAGGGAAGAAAAUUUAAAAAAUAUAUUUACAACCUCACUUCCCAAAGCAACACAUUCCAUGAUGAAGAAAUAUCUUUUGUCCAGAGUUAUUGCUCAAACACUGUGGAACGGUGCAUACCUAGUGUUGAGA